AUGGUAAAUCCUCCUAAAAGACGAGCAAACGACGCAGAUACGCCGUCCAAAAAACCUCGUCUGGAGGUCCAGCAGACCCUUUACGUUCACAAUCUCAACGAUAAGAUCAGUCGGUCGCUCCUCAAGAACAACUUAUACCUACUCUUCUCAACAUAUGGCGAUGUGCUAGACAUCAACAUGAAGUUGAGAGGACAGGCUCAUGUGAUUAUGGAGAGCAAGGAGGCGGCAGCCCGGACAUUGAAAUCACUACUGGAUCACCCUUUUUUUGGCAAGCCGUUGCAUAUCGACUUUUCUAAGUCUAAGUCCAAAUGUAUCGAACUGGCUGAAAAGCUUUUGGCUGAGGAGUAG